ACGCGCGCGGAUCAGGGACGAGGGACGGGCGAUGAGGUGGCGGACCCACGGCGGGGAACCUGUUGAUGAGCUAACUCGUGUAGUGUGCUGUACAAUGGGGUCUGUGGCCCCAUGGUGAGGGGCUAACCAUCAGGGUGGUGAAGCGGCCGCAGAGGAGGGCUGCUGCUGCGUAUAUAACAUGCCCCUCCUCUGCCCUCCUCCUCUGCCUUUCCCUCCUCCUUCUCCAUUCCAUCAACGCUCCCACACACACAAUCAAAGAUACCUCGGCUCGUUCUACCUUGCAAAAAACACACACACAAACACUUCAUUUACCACAAUCACCAUGUUCGGCUUUGGCGACGCGAAGGAGGCCCGCGACGAGGUCUAUGACGGCCAGCCGCACGAGUCCAAGCUCUCCCACGAGCUGAUCGGCUCCGCUGCCGCCUUCGAGGGCAUGCGCCUCUGGGAGAAGAAGCAGCGCGAGGAGGGCAAGACGGUCAACCACGGCCUGGCCAAGGAGCUGCUGGCCGCGGCCGUCGGCUUCGAGGUCGACAAGCUCGUCGAGACCAAGGGCCUCGACUUCAUUGACCGCGAGCGCGCCAAGCACCACGCCAAGAAGCAGGCCGAGGAGCUGUAUGAGCAGCACUACGGCGGGCAGGACCAGUAUGACCCGAACCAACGGGAGGCUCCUAGCCACUUCGACAACUACUGAGUGGCGCGGAUAUGAGACUGUCGGAGGAAGAACAUGACGUGAUGAGGUUACGUGCCGUUUUCUCGGCAUACGCGGUGUCUUAGCGCAUGAAGCAGCUAGCUCAUGAAAUUGACGAAUCAAAUUCAAGUACUGUGUUGAAUGUAGUAGUCUGCGAGAUGCGCGUUGUACAUAAACCACCCCUUGGAAACGUCCAGAAUGGUGACCCUGCUCCUCCAAAACCCAAUUCACCAUAUCUCGGUAGUUUUCACUUGGACACUCCCGGGUGACAGAUAGCACUCAAUGCCCCGAUUCGAACAUCUCUUCGGCUUCGUUGAUUCCGAACGCACCGGGCCCGUCCGGACCCGAAGUAGAACGCUCUGCUGAUAAGUCCGAUGUUUCACAUGUAUGCCUAGCACCCUACACGUGGCUAGCCUUGUAAGCUGGACGCGCGGC